UGCUAUCGCUAUCAUGAAAGGAAGAUGGCGCGAUCCAGUAAAACCUCGAAGCCGCCGUUGCGUGGAUACAAAUUUGAUGUUUCUAACAUUGAAGACGCGUUGUCGGACCUGACGUCUGUUUCAAAGGAACGAGUUUGCAUCGUUUCUUUCAUUGGAAAAACUGCGCUAUAUGCAGAGAGCAUCAAAUCUCAUCUUAUUGAUGAUGUCGUUGGCAGAAACGUGCUUGAGCCUGAGUUGGGCACCGACCGAGAAAUAGGACAGGAAAAUUACAAGAUUGAAGGGUACUAUCAUCCCGAAAAUCGAGUUAUAUUUCUGCACUUGUUGGGACUUUUUGACACGUACUGUGCAGCAGACGUUUGUAGAAGAUUGGAACAAGAAUUGAACGAAAAGAGUUUUUUGGAACUUUGGUCAAGCCUGCAAUGUUCUGUGGCCCAAACACUUCUCUACCUCUUUCACAUAUCUCACGUAGUAGUUAUAGUGCAUCCAACAGCAACAUUUGACGUCAGCUACAUUCAUCUUUUUCGGACACUUGAUAGCAUCAGGCAAAAGUGUCUGUCGUCUGUUGUAGAUGCCUUGAAACCCUUACCCAUCUCGACCGACUGGGUACAGAAUGGACGUCCAUGUUCACCGCGUGUGCUCUUUGUGUUCCUUCAGUGUCCGCUUGAAGGAAACGAGUCGGAACUUCUCGACGUCCGCCCCAAGGGAAAAGCUUCUAAGCUCUCGCCUAUAAAGAAGCUGGAACAUUCCCUUGAAGACCAAAUAUACAGGAUACUACGGAAGAGCAGAGUGAUAACAAACAUUAGUGGAAACUCAUUAUUUGCAGUCCCCGCCAACCAAGAGUUUGUCUAUGUACGAACUUCAUCUUCUAUAAGGGAAGACACGGUGGACUUUUUCUUGAAGCAGUUAAUAACGUUUUGCUCUCCCGACUACGAGGAAAGCCUAUCAGAUGACCUUCUUGCUCUGUCUCUUGACCCCACACAUAACGAUCCCCAGUGUCAAGAACACAGUUUUUCAUUGUUUCUGGGGCAGCAUGUCGAGCUGGCAUUAUCGAAAGGCUUUGACGAUAACGUGGGGCGGCACCCCAUUCCCGCAGACUUUGAGCUCCCCACAAUCUCCAUGUGGUUCAAAGUGGCAACCAAGCUGCGAGAUUUCUUCAUGAGGACUGGUGACUCCAAAUCCAGUGCAACUCUUCUGUCCAGUCUCAGGACCGCUUUAGAUAUCGACAUUAGGUUUUCCGAAGGGCGCUGCGGGAAGGUCUUACCCCUCGCAUCAGCAGCCUAUCAAGAAAAUCUUCCGCCUCAUUAUACAGCAGAAUAUCAUCACCGGAAGCUGGCCGUCGCACUUCAGCUGUUCAGCGCUCACGCUAGGGGGCCUGCUUUUCAGCGUUACGUUCAACAGCUGAAAGAAGACUGCGAUGCUGUGUGGAAGGCUGGGCGGCAGAUGUGUGAAGUUCUCAGCCUCACUGGAAACCACUGCGUUAACCCAGUCCACAAAACACCCGAGUCAGUCGAGGAGGACGCAGACGAAGACGUCCUCGUCAUGCCGCACUGCAGUCAAGUGAAGCUCAUUUCUGCCUGUAACUGCGGUCAUCAGCAAGGAACACGGGAUGACCCUUUUAUAGUGAAGGCGGCCAACUACAACUUCUACAUGAUAAUGAGUGCAGAGUGUUGUGGAGAACUGGAAAGGAUCACCUUUCCAACCUUCCAGCCUAGCUCUGUGGAUCAUGGGCCGGCUGCGCCGUCUGCAGCGCCGUGUGCCACUUCCGAACUGCUAGAAGUUGGGCUUCAUGCGCAAGCAAAAAGCCACAGCCGCAGUCAGAACCGAAGCCAGGCCAAAAGUGGGACACCCAGUGACAUUCGAAGUCCAACACUGUCAGAGUCGGAUUCGGAGUUCAGCUCAGAGCCACCAGAAAGCACCUCUGACUCUGAUGAAACAUCAUCAAAUGAAUCUGACAGUGGAAAAAGCCUGUCACUGUCAGGAACGACACAGCACACGGAGGACCCUGAUGAAGAUGACAAGUAUUGUUCGGGUGACAAGGAAGAUGUUGCACCGUCAUGUGCAGACUUUCUUCCUGGAAUGCUCCAUUCGCAGAGCCCACCGGGUCUGCUACCAUGUUACAGUUCAUGGUCGUUGGUGUGCUUAGGGCCUUCCAGCCUCUACUCGCAUAGCAUAGGCAUCCAAGACCAGCCAGGCUUCAUCACGGGAACAAACUUCCUUCUUCCGUGGGACGUAGCUGUAAAAUUUGAAAAAGACCGAUGGCCUUCUUUGUGGGAAGGGAAGAGGCCACAAAACUGGAAAGGAAAGAAGAACGGGAAAGACGGAUACCAGUUCACAGUUAAAGUGUUCCUUGGUGUGGAAUACGAAUGUCCACGUGGACAUCGUUUCAUGUGUUCAAGUUCAGAUAGGAUUCUUCGAUGCCCUGCAUCUGGCUUGAUAAAGGAGAAUGCUCAGAAAAUUGCCAACAGUCACAUGCCACUCUACUAUCCCUGUCCAUGCAGGUCCGGCAAACCACAGGUUGCUCAGCUGAUGCGCGUACAUGUGGUGACGCCCAAAGCUCCGGUUCAUGUCACUUUGAAUCCUAGGGUACAACCAGCUCCACCCCCAUCACCCAUAUUUUCCCCAGGGAACAAAGAGCCGGUCAAACUGUCUCAGUCUGCGUACUGGGUACUUCGGCUACCGUUUGUGUAUGAAGGGGACUCUGGCCCGUACAUCCUCCCGAAGGAACCAGUGCCGGCCGACGUUGCCAGACUCUUAUGUGGUGUGUACGGCGUCGUAGAACAAGCUUCAAUGAGGUGAACAUGUCACCUUGUCAUCAUGAGUUCAUGUGGAAGUUGACGUCAUCGACAUUUUCGUGAACUUGUUGUCCUCCCUGCUGCCAGGGGUGUAUUUAUUUCUUGUGACACGGUACUCAAAAGAACCUGAUGUGUUCUCGUGGAGCUUGUAAAAAGUUGUGAGAUAAAGUUGUCACACAUAAACAGCUUUUUGUACAUA